GGGGAAAACGAAAGCGAGAGUGAGCGGUCCGGACCCCGCAGGAGCUCGGCGGCGGCGGUGCGGAGCUUUGUGGAUUUCAGAAUUGCAGACCAGGAGCACCAUUUGUUGAGGGGAGGACUCUGCUGGAUGUUUUUUGUCUGAUUUCUCCCCCACAACAACCUCUGAAUCUGCUGUUUUUGUUCCUGUCUUCAGGUCACAAAGGUUACUAGAAGAAAUGGCCAAUGUGCGUCCACCAAGUUUUUCUAUAGAAGAACUUAAUACAUACUGUCAGAAGCACAACUUGGUACUUAAGUAUUAUGAACUGUCUAAGAAAGGACCUGCACAUAACUUAAAGUUUACAUUUCAAGUUAUCAUAAAUGAGAGAAAAUAUUCAGAAGCUGAAGGUAAAUCAAAGAAGGAGGCCAAAAAUGCUGCAGCCAAAUUAGCUAUUGAAAAACUUAACGAAGAAAGCAAGGCAGUUAGUUCUUUAUCACUGACAACAACAGAUACUUCAGAAGGACUAGGAAUAGGAUCCAUUGAGAAUUUCAUAGGCCGCUUGAAUAGGCUUGCCCAGAAGGAAAAACUAUCUGUAAAUUAUGAACAAUGUGAACUGAACAAAUCUGGGCCAGAAAGAUUUUAUUAUAGAUGCAAGAUUGGACAGAAAGAAUAUGCUGUUGGUGAAGGUGCUACUAAGCAGGAGGCAAAACAGAUGGCCGCGAAAUUUGCAUAUGAGCAGAUAGAGUCAGAGAAGGCCUUCAUGAAAGAGGACUCAGCAGCAUCCAGUGAUUCUUGGACUACUUUGUCUAGUGACUCCGGAAACAGCACUUUGGUGAAAAACAUAUCUGCCUCAAAAUCACCACUUGAAAAUGAUUCCUCACCAAAUGCACCGGAAAGAAAUUGUAACAGCAACAGUGUCAACACCUCUUCAUCUCCUCUGAGCAAUGUCAGAAGUAGUGAAAAGAAGGUGAAAAGAACUUUGGCACCUACCUUUAACUCUCCUGUGAGCAAAGAAAACAAGUACACUGUGGAAGAAAGGUUUGUUAAUGAUUUUACAGAAAUAACACCGAUUGGCUCAGGCGGAUAUGGUCAUGUUUUCAAAGCAAAGCACAAAAUUGUUGGGAAGAUUUAUGUUAUUAAACGUGUUAAAUAUGAUAAAGAGAAUAAGGUAGAGCGUGAAGUAAAAGCUUUGGCAGAGCUUCAUCACCCAAAUAUUGUUCAGUACUGUAAUUGCUGGGCUGGAGAAGAUUACCAUCCUGAGGACAGCGUAAAUCCUUCAAGGUCAAAGAUCAAGUGUCUUCUCAUCCAAAUGGAAUUCUGUGACAAGGGGACAUUGGAGAAAUGGAUUGACGAAAGAAGAGACAAGACACCAGACAAACCUUUGUCUCUGGAAUUAUAUGAACAAAUAGCAGAAGGUGUAGAGUAUAUACACAGCAAAGAGCUAAUUCACAGAGACCUUAAGCCAAGUAACAUAUUUAUGGUAAAUACAAAGCACAUAAAGAUUGGAGACUUUGGACUUGUGACAUCCUUGAGAGAUCAUACAAAUCGGACAAGUAAUAAAGGAACUCUUCGAUACAUGAGCCCAGAGCAGAUUUCUUCACCAGAAUACGGAAAAGAGGUGGAUAUCUUUGCUAUGGGGCUAAUUCUGGCAGAACUUCUUUAUAUAUGUCCCACUCUUUCAGAAAUGAUACAGAUUUUUAACGCGCUAAGGGAUGAGAAGUUCCCAGAUGUGUUUGAUGCCAGAGAAAAAUUUCUUCUGCAGAAAUUACUGUCACAUGAUCCCACAAAGCGACCUAAUGCUUCUGAAAUACUGGAGACUUUGAAGGAGUGGAAAAAUGUUGCAGUGAAAAAGGAACGAAGCACGUAUUAGAGCCCUUCUAAAAAAAGUAUCCUACUUUGGAUAUUCAAUUUUUCUGUAACUGUCUAAAAUCUUCUAGGGACUACUGAUGGUAUUUACCUUCUAUUUUAAAUUUUCCCUUAAUUUUUCACUACAUUUUAGGAAGAUUUGAAUUUUUUUUAACUUCAAAAGCAUUUGUACAUUUGCCUUAUUUUCCUGUUUUAUCUCCUUAUUAUAAACAUAGGGAAUCUCUCAAAUUUUUUCUAUUAGUGAAUCAAUCAAUUAAUAAAUGUUAAGUGUUCAUUCUUUCUGGGCCAAAAAAUAUAAGAAGAUCUUUCCCUGUCUUAGACAGCUAACCAGCUCAUUAAAGAAAUAUGAUAUCCAUAAAAAGAUAAGUGGUUUUUUGAUUUUGGAAAACAGUUUGGUCAAAUUUGGUUAGGCUGAAGGUUUAUAUACCCUCAAAGCCAUCAAUUCCAUUCCCAUGUGCAUGCCUACAAGAAUGUUCAUAGAAAGUCUGUUUGUAACAGCCAAAAGAACAAAAAAAAUGUCCAUCACAAGAAGAAUGGAUAAAUAAAUCGUAUUUUUUCACACAUUGUAAUACUAUAUAGCAGUGAAAAUGAAUGAAUGAUAAGCUAAAUAUAGUACCAUGAUUUAUCUCAUAGGAACAUAAUGUUAAACAAACAGCUGGUUACAGAAAAUAUAGACAGAAUGGUUCUUUUCACAUAAAGUUCCAGAGAAGGCUAAAUGAAAUAAUUUUGUUUAGAAAUGCAAACAAGUGCUAUCCAACAAUAAAGGGAAAGAAAGGAAUAAGAAAUAUUAAAUCCCAUAGUGAUUCUCUGAGAAGGGACGGAAGUGUUGUGACCCGGGCGGUGGGGGUGUGAACUGCAAAGGUAACAAUUCACCAUUUUUUCUUAAACUGACUGUUGAGUUUACUACUGCUUACUGCCUAGUUAUUCUUUUUUUUUUUUUAAAUCUUAAAUACAUUUUGUAUCUGUUAGAACACAGAUAUAAAGAUACAGCUGCGCUGGAAGGCAGGAGGUAAGCACAGAAAAUAGUCACUGUGGAGGGGCUCAUGUGAGACUCCUUUCUACUAACGUACCAUGGUGCAGGGCUUAGGCCUGGCAUUCCAGUGAGACUUCAAGUAGGGGAGGGGUUUAACUGAGUAGAGAGGAACCAUAUGGGCAGUAGUCUGGGCAAGAGGCUUGGCUUGAGUUCUGAAGAGAUACACCUGAGGAACACUGGAUAUACUCAUUUUUUCCCUGGAUUGCUGGAGGGAAUAGCAGAAGAUAAUUUGGGUGGCAUUCUGGAAGAACCUGAAAGUUGAUUUAAAUUUUAGAGCAACCAACUACCAUUCUAAAAUUGUCAUAUAAUUUCACAGUUUUUU